CUUGCCUUGACCUUGUCAGCAAGGACCUCAGUAAUGCUUCGAUCGAAAUUCGCGAGAAUCUUCAUGGCCAACUGAGGCUCCAUCCGCCGUGCACUGAUAAGAUCGUCUAGCGUAUCGGUGAGAGCUAGCCCGAUGCUAAUCGGACCAGGAAUGUCAGAGUGAGCUCAGAGAAGACUUGGGAGCGCUCUCUUCAUACCUGCUACGGCGAUAGAGCUCAUAAUAGGCAGAUCCGCUCAUCUUGAAGGUGUCAAUGAGAAGACAAGGGCUUUGAUGAUGAGAGAUGGUGGUCACCAGGUGGUCAUAGUUGAAGGCGACCCUUGGCGCUGACUAAGCAAGAUAGGCGGAACAGGCGCCUUGACGAGUGAUGCAGCCCGGUCCGAGGAGCUUCAAGAGGUAUCGAAUCUCAACUCUCAGAAAGCAGACCUCCUGCCCGCCAACAGCUCGACGAGGGAAGCACCGCCGUCACGAUGAGUCUUUCUUACGGUGUAGGCGGCGCAACUGCAGCGCUUGCUGUAGUUGGAGCUUAUAUGCUGUUUACAGGCGACGGAGAGGCCUUCAACGUCGGUCAAUUCCUCGAGACUGUAUCACCUUAUGCCUGGGCGGAUCUCGGCAUUGGCCUAUGUAUGGGUCUGUCGGUCGUUGGAGCUGCAUGGGGAAUCUUCAUCACUGGCUCCUCCAUCCUUGGUGGUGGUGUCAAGGCUCCGCGGAUUCGAACCAAGAACUUGAUCUCCAUUAUUUUCUGCGAAGUUGUCGCCAUCUACGGAGUUAUUAUGUCGAUCGUCUUCUCCGCGAAAUUAAAUCCGGUUUCUUCUGACGCUAUUUACUCUGGAAGCAAUUUCUACACUGGCUAUGCUCUGUUUUGGGCAGGUAUCACCGUCGGAAUGUGCAACCUUAUUUGCGGCGUGUCUGUUGGCAUCAAUGGAAGCAGCGCCGCUUUGGCAGAUGCUGCGGACCCGAGUUUAUUCGUCAAAAUUCUCGUUAUUGAGAUUUUCAGUUCCGUCCUCGGGCUUUUCGGACUGAUCAUAGGGCUUCUUGUCUCUUCAAAGGCAGCAGAAUUUUCGUGAGCGCUGCUCACACCACGAGUAAUUGGGAGAUGGACGAAGAAAAUGAUUGCACAGUUAUGAUGUAGUCGAAUACAUAGCGAUUUGGUGGCGUUCUGGUAGAUACUAUAUAAAUCUCCAUGAGAUGACCCUCAGAGGUUCAGCCUAGUGCUGCCCAGAUAUCCAAUCACCUUCACCGUUGUACAUUUCUCAAGUAGUUAUAUCAUUUUAUUAUGCGGCAAUUUAGAAAUAUGUAUGAAAAAUACAGUCAUGAAUCGAGAAAAGGCA